CAAAUAUUUAACAACCAGGUCACUGCCUCCAAAAAGCAUACGAAAAAGGAGAAAUGGCAGCAAUGGUAGCACGAGUAACUCUGGAUCACAUUGCCAGACAAUCCAACGACAUUAGGCGCCUCGCCGAUUUCUACAUAGAGACAUUUGGAUUCGAGGAGGUAGAGAGCCCAAAGAUUGGGCCACUCAAGGUAAUAUGGCUGAGUUUACCCUCAGGUUUUACUAUACACCUUAUUGAGUCCAACCCAAGUUACCCACCUAACCAGAGGAACGACACAUCACCGGGAGCCGACCCAGCCCGUAUUCCCAGAGGCCACCAUAUGUGCUUCUGUGUCUCCAAUUUCGAAACCUUUGUGCAAACACUCAAGGAAAAGGGAAUUCAGAUUGCUCAUAGGCCAGUUCAAUUUAAUCCAAAGGGCAGUAAGAAGAUCGACCAGGUCUUUUUCUUUGAUCCAGAUGGCAACGCUUUGGAGGUUUCCGACUCCACCUCCACGGCACUACAGUGGAGUGCUCGAAAUGGUAAUGCAAAUUGAUGUGAAGCAGACGAUUAAUCAAUACAUUUUCAUAACAAUAAGCUGCAUCCCUUCAUUUAUAUAUGCAGUUGUAGUAACUCGGGUGUCGUUUUAUCUAUGAUGUUAAUAUGUCCAUUUGUGUCUGCUUUGGUAUUCAUCGUAGACAAAAGAUGUAAUUUUAGUUCUUAUAUUGAACUCUACUCAUGUUUCUCUCGCCUUAUUGUGGCUACGAAUUAUAUAUAAACUUAUGGUAGAGAAGAGACCACCGUCUUUCUCUACUUUGUUGUACUGCAAGUUUUAUUGCUUGAAUGUAUGUUAUGCUAUA